GUCCCGUACCUAAUUAAGUAUUCAUAUGAACGUUCUCAUAAUAGCCAAACAUAAACUUAAACAUCUUAAUAGGUCGUGUUCUAUCUGUCAAUAAUUUAUGUAACACACAAGCACGAGAAAACCCGCAGUUGUUGUCUAGUGUUCACGAGACAGUGACGUUAGGAGGCCAUCCAAAGAACUUUUUACCUACGCUUUUUAUGCCAAUAUGCCAAUCAACAAACGCACAUAUGUAAUGUAGUUUUUUGGCUAAAGGAAGCCAGUAAAGCGUCUUGUUGGUCUAAAAUGGUCGAAUAGUGGAAUCUCUUCUAGAAAAUUAAUUUAAAUCUUAGGUAUAUCUGACAUGAUGGAGUUGUCUUUUAGGAUAUUGUGUUAUUUUUAUUUAGUGGUUUUUAUGUUAAGUUCAAACGCUCUGGGAGUAUACAUCUCCAACCUGAACGAGGCUUGCUACCGCUGCCUCUGUCAUGUGGCUGGAUGCAACACUUCCCACGCCUGUUCCGGGGGCUAUUGUGGGCCCUUUUACAUAUCGAGGGUGUACUGGGUGGAUGCUGGCAAGCCAACGCUGCCGGAUGACGAUCCAAUAAGGGAGGAAGCAUUCGAGGAUUGCGCGCGGGACUACCACUGCUCUUUAAAAAUAAUUGAAGGUUACAUGGCGAAGUUUGGAAAGGAUUGCAAUGGUGACGGCGUGACGAACUGCUUCGACUACAUGAUGAUAAACCACCACGGCGGAGGCGCCUGCCACUUCCCUCUGGACUCCGACCCUCUCGGCCGCCGCAGGCUCGCGUUGUUCAAUCAAUGCCGAUUGUAAUAUCUAACCCUGCUUCGACUGACUAUGCGAUGGCAACAAACCUUCAAAGAGAUGGUAUACUAGGACUGGAGGCGCCAGCGCUCUAGUCUAGGCACAUACCCACUACCCACUCGGCCGCUGCAGGCUCGCUUUGUUCAACCGUGCCAAGUGUAACAUCCAGCGCCGGCCCGAGCACUUAAUCAGGGUAGGGCGAAAUGAAGUUCCGGCGCCUUUGAAAACCUUUUUUUUACCAAACCUAAAAUAAGGCUACUAUCCCAUAUCUUUUGGCGCCCCUCUUAUGGUUUGGCGCUCAGAACGGCCGCUCUACUCGCUCUGCCCUAGAUCCGGCCCUGGUAACAAUAUGUGACAUGAUGUAACUUUUGAUACCUACACUACUGUUUAUAAAUUUAUGUGAUAUUCUCAGUAAAUCACAUCACAUUAUCGCUAAUGUCGCUUACUAUUAAGGACGAAUAAUGCUAGUAUCUUUAUACAAAUUACUUGUUGAAGCGUUCUCAUGCUUUCCGCGGGAACAGCACAUGUGUAAAUUGGUUUUUCUACUUGUCGACUGUAAUCUGUCAAUUAGGGCACCACAGACUAAAUUAUAAGUGCUAACUUUUCAGUGUUGGAUACUCUAUGGCAGUUCCGACUCAAUUAUAAUAAGCUCAUUAU